UUUGCGACGCCCAAGAUGGCCGCCCCCAGGGCAAAAUGAACCCGCUCCGGCCGCCGCCGCCGGGGGGAACGCGGGUCAGGGCCGGCCGGGGCACAGCUGGGUCGCUUCUCCGUGACGGGCACUCGUCUGUGCCCACUCGGCGUGCAGGGCCCCGCCGGGGCUCGUAGCGGGAGAGCGGAGACUCCCCGGGGAGGCGGUAUGUGGGGCGCCCUGCUGCGGCGCGGGGUCCGCGGCACCGGCGGGCUCCGGUCCGUGUCGUCGGGCAGCCCGCCCUGGAGCCAGGUGGUGUCAGAGGCCGAGAAGAUCGUGGGCUACCCGACGUCCUUCAUGAGCCUGCGGUGCCUGCUGAGCGACGAGCUCAGCAACAUCGCCAUGCAGGUCCGCAAGCUGGUGGGUACCAAGCACCCGCUGCUCGACACCGCCCGGGGUUUUGUGUAUGACAGCCGAAACAAUUUACAAAUGCGAGGUUUGGUCAUAUUGCUGAUUUCCAAAGCUGCUGGACCCAGCACGGCAGAGCUCUCUUUCCAGCACAACAUGGUCAGUGGAAUUUAUUCCAGUCAAAGAAGUCUGGCUGAGAUUACGGAGCUGAUCCACACUGCUUUUCUGGUGCAUCGUGGCAUAGUAAACAUUGGUGAGCUCAAGUCCUGUGACGGCCCGCUGAAGGAUAUGCAGUUUGGAAAUAAAAUGGCUGUUUUGAGUGGAGAUUUUCUCCUAGCAAAUGCUUGCACGAGCCUUGCGCAGUUGCAGAACACCAAGGUUGUGGAACUCAUUUCAAGUGCUAUUGGUGACUUAGUUCAAGGUAUAUAUUAUGAAAACUUAAAAUCAUCUGAGGAGAACUGUCUUACAGAUGAUAUUGGCAUAUCUCGGUGGAAGGAGCAGGUUUUCCUGUCACAUAGUGCCUUGCUGGCAAAGAGCUGCCAGGCUGCAAUGGAGCUAGCAAAGCACAGCACUGAGAUUCAGGACGUGGCAUUUCAGUAUGGGAAGCAUAUGUCUAUGAGUCAUAAGCUACAUUCAGACCUUCAACCAUUUGUUAAAGAAAGUUCGAGUGACACAAUGGCCUUCAGUUUGAAUUCUGCUCCUGCAAUCCUUCAUCAGGAAUUCCUUGGAAGGGAGGCAUGGAUUAAGCAGAUUAGAGAGGCACAAGGAAAAGGAAACAUAAUGAACUACAAAAAGCUGCAGGAAGCGAUCAAGGCUGGAAAAGGUGUGACUUCUGCCAUCGACCUCUGCCGCUGCCACGGAAACAGAGCACUGGCAGCGCUAGAGCAUUUCCCUCCCUCCGAGGCCAGGGAUGCCUUGGCCAACAUCGUCUGCGCCGUGACCAGGUUUCCCUGACCUGCCGCUCCGGGUGGAGCGUCUCUCCCUCCACAGGUGGAAGCAACCUGGCAGGGAGACCGACGAUGCCUCACAACCCCUCACACCUCUGGUCAUCUCAUCGUCCCAUCCCGACAGAGGAAU